AUGCUUGAAUACUAUGGGGUGACGGAAUUGACAGGGAAGUCUGGGACGGGAAAGACGGCAAUUGCUGUUGAAGAAUCAAAAGAGCUUGCAACAAUAUACAUAACAACAACUACGUUUUGCAUUGGAAGGUACAAGGGGGCCUCCAAAGAAGUGAUGGACCGAAUUAUUGUAAAGUACAUCCCAAGCAUUGAAUAUCUAGCAUCCUUUGUUAUGAAUUCCAUGGAGAGGAUUAUUGUGGAAAGAAGAACCGGGCUGGUCAUUAUAGAUAGCCUAGAUCAUCUUCUUGCUACAGAAGGUAUGGGAAUGGAUCGAGGCAUUCUUUUCGGAGUGGUCAAUAGACUCAAAAGAAUGAACCAGAAGUAUGGAGUGAAUAUCCUAGUUGUCACCUACCAUUACGGCAGCUGGACCAUCGGAGCCUUCUGUAUACCUAAUCCUAUGCUUGGGCUCCAAUGGAUGUAUAUGGUGAACACAAGAUACGUUUGCUCUAGAGCUGGAGACAAGAGAACGCUCAGACUUGUUAGAUCUCCCUUCAUGAAAUCAAAAGCCUGGGAAUUUGUGAUUGGCUCAUCCGCAGUUAUGAUUACAUCAGAAAUGCCAGAGUAA